UAUAUCGGGCUCCCUGUUGUGGAUUUGUCAAGCUCGGCAAUCAAAACAAUUGAAGGCACGUAGGCUUAUUCUUCGAAUAUCCGCUGAGUGCUUGUCGAGCAAUGGACCCCAAAGUCGCAGUUAUUACGGGGUGCUCUAGUGGCAUAGGCCUAGCCACGGCAAGCAUUCUCGCUAAAGAUGGCGAGAAGCGCUUUCGCGUGUACGCGACAAUGCGAAAUCUCGACAAGAAAGGCUCACUCGAGAGCGCUUGCCAAAACGCACUCGGAGACACACUCUUUAUUAGGGAACUUGAUGUUUCUUCAGAUGACUCGGUAGAAGAGGCUUUGAACGCGAUCUACGAAGAAGAAGGGCGGAUAGAUAUCCUAGUCAAUAAUGCCGGCAUUAGCCAUAUUGGCAUGCUGGAAACCCAAACACAAUCACUGGUGAAGGAAACCUUUAAUACAAACUUCUUUGGGGUUUUGAGAAUGAGCAAGGCUGUCAUACCCAGGAUGAAGUCAGAUCAUUCAGGACAUAUUAUCAAUAUUAGCAGCACGGCGGGGCACACUGGUAUGCCAUUCACUGGUCUUUACUGUGCCAGCAAGUUCGCAGUUGAGGGUUUAUCUGAAUCUCUGGCACCUUUGCUAAGAAAAUUUGGGGUCAAGAUUUCUAUCAUCGAACCAGGGCCCGUGAAUUCACCCUCUGCAUCAUUCAACCAAAUUGCUGUCCCAGAAGAGGAGGAUGCUGACGAAGAAACCAAAGAAUUACUUGAGAACUUCCGAUGCAAGAUAAAGGGGGCAAGUAAUAUUGCACAAUCAGCUGAUGAGAUAGCGGAUGUCAUUCUUGAUGUUAUACUUGCCGAAAAACCCCACUUACGCUACCAGACCAACAAGAAUUACGCUAACACCCUUUCUCGAAAGCUGGUAGAUCCAAGUGGGGAUAAGGCAGUCGAUGUCAUGUUCACCAGGUUCUUUGUGUAAAAGGUUAGGCAGUGUUGUAAGGGUUAGAAAGCUCAUAGGGUAUUAUAUAAAGGAGGUAGCUGCACUUUCAGCUGACUGUUUGAUAAGAUUCAAGGAAAGAUAAAUAAUAACUUAUUCGUUAGCUUAGACACAGUCCAAAUAAGUGACUUGCAUGAAGAAAUCAUGUGACUUUUUUUGGGUGGCAAACUUCUGCAAGCCCCAACUUUUGGUGGCAAAAACACAACAACAAAAGCAACUUGUUCGGUGCAUACUAAUCAGUCAGAAAGUUUAUGAGAGAUUUUUUUCCUUGCAAUCUGGUUUGACAGCCAUUGCCAUUUCUGUGUUUAUGUUAGUGUGUGUUUACCACUUAAAAAGUCGUGAUUUCUAAGUGCAAGUCACCUAUUUGAUGCCAUCCUCAAAUAGAUGCCACACAAUAAACAAUUAACUAAAUUAUUUAGUCAUGCCACGCCCAUAUAGAUGCCACAUGUCUGGCCAAAUGUAUAUUUGUGAAAUGAAAGAAAUAUUAUGUGAUGUAUUUAAAGAACAAGAGAUCAGGUUUAAUUGGAAUAAUUUUAAACCUAUAAUGGAGACCAAUUUAAAGUGCCUUUCUGUUUCCCGAAUAUUUCCCGAAUGAAAGCAAAGAUUUUCAUUAGUACAUAAAAUGAUUUGAAUAAACGCCGCUCUCGAAUAAAUUCUCCACUUAUAAACGCUCCAGAAGUUAUAAAAAAGCCGCGGCAUCUAAAAAAAUAAAAAGGUUAUAUGUGAAGAUGCAUAGAAUUCUAUAUCUAUUUAUUACAUUGGAGUUAUAUAAAUAAAUUUAUUAUUUAAGGGAUUUUUUUGUAGUUUAAAGAACAGUACCAAUAAUUGUUCUAUUAUACAAAUUAAAAUUGUUAAUAAAUCAGUAUAAAUAAAUGAAUAACGAGCAUAACGUAAA